UGCAUUCGGAAAUUACUGGUUAUUCUGUUUUUAAGGAUGAGAUGACAUUACUGAAGAUCCGAUCUACAUUAUUUAGAUUUGCAGUGAUACUGUCUGCAUCAUCAAUAGAAAAAUCCGAUAGAUUAAGUGUUAAAUCAACUUUUACAGUGAUGGCAGCAUCUGCAGCAGCCGCAUCAAGAACGCUGCAUGCCACUGAAUUAUAUGUUCCAAUAAAACCUACACAAUGGCCGAUUGUAUACACUGAUCAGUACAACAUAAAUGCUUUUGGAAUGCAGAAUCUUCACCCAUUUGAUGCUGGGAAAUGGGGAAGAGUUUUUCAGAUGUUGAAAGAGGCAGGCAUGUUAUCAGAGGCAGAUGUUGUAACACCAAAGGAAGCCUCAUCACAAGAUCUCUUAUUUGUUCAUACACAGAAAUACUUGGACAACUUAACAUGGAGUUCUGUUGUUGCCAGGAUAACCGAAGUAUUGCCAGUGGCAUUAGUACCCAACUUUAUCUUACAGAGAAUAUUACUGAAACCACUCAGAUACCAAACUGGAGGAACCAUUCUGGCUGCAAAGCUUGCUGUGGAAAGAGGUUGGGCCAUUAACAUUGGAGGAGGUUUCCAUCAUGCACAUGGAGAAGAUGGAGGAGGAUUUUGUGUUUAUGCUGACAUUACUCUGGCUAUCCGAUUUCUGAUGGCAUCCAACCCUAAAAUACAGAAAGCCAUGAUUAUAGAUCUUGAUGCUCACCAGGGAAAUGGUCAUGAGAGAGAUUUUCUGAAUGAUAACAGUGUAUAUAUCCUUGAUGUUUAUAAUGGUGCAAUAUAUCCUCGAGAUUUAAAAGCAAAAGCUGCUAUAAAGAAAAGAGCAAAUUGUUUACACCACACAAAGGAUGAUGAGUAUUUAGAAAAAGUUAAAAGAACAAUAGAAGAAGCAUUAAAAGAAUUCAAACCAGAUAUUAUAGUUUACAAUGCUGGCACAGAUAUAUUACUUGGGGAUCCUUUGGGGAGACUGGAUAUUACUGCAGAGGGAAUUAUAAAAAGAGAUGAAAUUGUGUUUUCCAAAGUCAGAGCUAAAAACAUACCAAUUGUCAUGGUAACCAGUGGAGGAUACACUAUGGAAACAGCCAGAAUAAUAGCAAACUCUAUUUUGAAUUUGAAAGAAAAAAAAUUAAUUUCAAAGGGAUCUGGUCAUUCAAUAAAAGACACUUUUCCACCUGAAGGAAAUGAGGAAUCAUAUAUUCCUCCUUUCAAAGAAGUAGAUGCCCAUCCAGUUAAAGAGCUUCUUGAACCUGAAAAGACAACGAAGAAGAAACAGUCUGAAUUAUGAGGAAACUGAACAAAAUUGAUAUCUAAUAAUCUAUUGAACUUGGAACAUUUUAAUGACUUUUAAUUUUGAUUUAUUUGCUCUCUUUAUGCUUAAAACUGCAAAAGCAAAGAAUGUUUUACACCUGUUUUAUGUAUUCAAGACCAUGCCCUACUAAAUGAUCUUUUAUUUAACUCAAUAUAUAUGUAAAUCUG